UAAAACAAGUUCGUGUCGUCAGCUCUGCGGACCCGCUUCUCAUCCUUUAUUACGUCUCUAAUUUUCAGUAUAUACGCGUUGUAGUUUAAGUAUCAUUAUCACAAUUAUUUGUAUUGUCGACAAUUGUCGUUCGUUUAACUAGUAAAUACUCUUGGCCGACUACGUUAUUAUACGCAAUAGAUUUUUCAAUAAUCUCCUUUUUGUAACAAAUUCUAAAACGUAAACGCCAACAAUGUUGCUGUUAAAUGCAAGUGGUGCAUUAUUAUUUUUCACACUCGCAUAUUCGCUGGCUACUGACGUGAAAUUUGUGCCCGACACUAAAGAACAUUAUAAUAUAAGCAUUAUUCCAGAACCUGAAUCAACAACUAAUUUAUCAAAUACAACAGAUCCUAUACCAAUUACAACUCUAAAACCAACUACAUCAAAACCUUCUACCUCUACAACACAAAAACCUAAUAUUACAACCACCACUGGUAGUCCUAAUACAACUACAUCAACAACUCCUACCCCUACAACACCAAAUCCUAAUAUUACAACCACUGUUAGUCCUAUUACAACUACACCUGAACCAUCUCCAGAGCCAGCUCCAGCUAGAAACUGGGAUGGACCUAGCUUUUUAGGUGGAAUGGUUCUAGCUUUUGGAAUUGUUGCUGUUGGCUUUGUUGGUUAUAGAUUUUUCUAUUUAGGACGUGGUGGGGCUUACCAUACAUUGUGAAUAAUGAUUAUCUGAUGAGAGAGAAUCAAAUAAUAAAAAGAACAAUAAGGUCUUUUCGUAAGAAAUAUAUUAAAUUUAAUCAUAAAAACUAUAUAUUUGUAAAAUACAUUAUUGAUAAAUGUUAAUCAUUUUAUUUUAUAGAAAGCAUAUUAUAUAGUGCUGUUAAUUUAUAUUUAUUUAUGUGUAUCAAGUUGAAAUGCAUUAUUUUAAAUUAAUUUUUUGAAAAUUGUACCUACUGUAGAUGCAGUAUAAAUUGUUUUUCUUUUUACUUAAUAUGGAUUAGUCAAUAAAAAUCUGACAAAACUGUUAAUCAAUAAUUUUGGUGAUAACUAAUGUAAAAUUAUUUUUAAGUAUUUUUAUACGUAUAAUUAAACGCUGUAAAGUAUCA